AUGGAGAGCGUCGAGCCCUUCGACACCGCGACUGACCCCCCGCCCGCCAGCGACUCGCAGACCACCGUCCUGUACACCGUGUUGAGCACCGAGGAGGUCGACUCGUCCAUCCGCGAGUUCUCGUACAUCUGGGCCGCCGGCGGCUUUGACAUCGGCGAGCCGGACACGCAGCGGCUGGGCGGCGCUGACGGCUCGUGCCAUAUCGCCAUCUUCAAAAUCGACACUGACAAUGCAGAGACGUCGCUGCAGCGCCCGCUCGACGAGCUGGACGCGCGCGAUGACCCCCGCCAGGUAAGCCUCCAGCCACCCCCGUCGAUGACAGGCCCUCCCGUCGGCGCAACGGAGCUGACGCCCGUGAGACAGGAUCCUGCCGCCCCAUCCGCCCCCAACGAGCUGCUCGUCACCCUGCCUGCAUCCUGCUAUUCCGCCGAGCGGGAUGAGCCGUAUUUAAACUCCGACAGAGGCCACCGCCGGGGCAGCUCGAGCAUUUACACCUCCAUCCCCCGAUUUCCAGCCGAAACAGCGAGCCUCAGGCCGCUGUCGACCCACGGCGAGCCCCGGGGCGCUCACACGCCUGCUGAUGCACCGCCCUCGAGGGAUGACCGCAGUGCAAGAUAUUCAGACUGCCUGCAGGGCGGAGAAGCGUAUUGCAACGAGCGCCACGAAUCACCAGUCCCAGAGCCAUUCCCUAGAAGCAUGAAGAGGCAGCACUUCCAGGAAGACUUCUCAGGCUGGCCUGGCAUGUCGAGGACCGUGCAGUCGUCCGAGCUUCCUCGAUUCCGAGUCGACCUCCCUCUCCCCCGAUCGCGCUCCGUCGGCCAAAGAUUCUUUUCCAAGAUGAAGUUCUGGGGCCCUACGAGGCAUGAAAAUGCCAGUUCCAAACCCCAAAGCUAUAUGUCCCAUUCCAAACGCAGCAUCACCGCGUCUAUUGCUAGUUCCUGGUCCCGAAAGGCCCGAAGCUAUUUCCGAAAAUUGUCGCUCAAAGGCGCAUACCCACAAGCCAGAAGCAAGGCCUCCCGCCAAUCGAUCCGAACAAUAUCCCCUAAAUCAAUAUUCUCUCGCGUCCAAAAAUCCCCCGCGUCGAAUUAUUCCGACUUCUUGACCGAACUAGGCUCCCGCGGCUCUAAACCCAACUUGUCCACUUGCAGACCACCGCCGUCCCUCAUUUCCACCGCCAAAGAACCCCCAACUUUGGAUUUGGAUAUAUCGGUAUCUCUAGGUGAACCUCGACCGUUCCAAUGCACCUUCUGCUUGAUGCAAUGGGAAAAUAGGGAAGAGUGGGCCUACCAUGAAGCGUCCUUUCACAUGCGGCCCUACGGCAACUUACUGUCGCAGGCGGACCAGGCCAAUGAGGAAGUGCUAUUCUCGAUGUCUGACGUUGUCUCCACACAUAGCAGUAUCGAACACCAAGAACCUACUGCGGCCUCGGAGGAACAGCCAAACGAGUUUCUUAGUCUAGGAUAUCAUCUAUAUUCCCAAGGCGAAGCAGAGCCCAAGAAGUCGGAGUCGUGGAAUUGGCUGGAGAAAAGAAGUAAUUGGUUCUGGAACUGCGGUUUCUGCGAUCUCCUUAUGCGAACCUGGUCUGAACGCCAGGACCACAUUGCUGAACACUUCGAAGAGGGAAUGACAAUGGUCUCGUGGAAUCCAUUGCGGUCUCCUUACCCGAUCUCAAAGUUCACCUUGACGCCUGUCGAAGGCUUUCCGCUGUGGGACUUCUCUCCCUUGCAAUCCUUGCAGCAGCCUGGAGUUCACGGGGAUGCGUAUGGUGCCUCGACCAUUCAAUGUAAAAUGUGUCGGAAAAAUUUCCCCGAUCUUGACGCCUUUUCCUUGCACAAUGAACUCUGGCACGUAACUCCCGAAACAUAUAUCUGUCCCGGCCCUGGACAUGCCAGCAAUCCAGGCGUGUUUUUCGAUACAGAAACUAUUACCGCAGAUGCAUCCGAGCUGGCAUCUCUCAAUCUCGAAAACCUUCAAACCGACCAGUCCUCACUUACCACCAAGACCAUCUAUACCUACGACUACUGCCUCUGCUGCGGCGAGAUAUUCCAUGAGUCCCCUCCGGACUGGGAUGCCCGGAAACAACAUUUACAGGACAUGCAUUGCAUCUCGGAGACGGACAACUUAACGCACGACCACAGACAUAAUCACGGACAGCCCUUCUACCGUGAGGAGCUGUUCUCGCUUCAUCUAGCAAACUGCCAUAAUGUGAGAUUUGAUUAUUUGACGGAGUUUACCGAGUUUUGUCGGAAAAAAGCACAAGCGCCGGUGUUAACGGUUCAAUCAAGGGUUGGAGAAUUAAUAUAA